ACAUUGUGAGUGUUGAGUAUAACGUAACGCCGUUAUAUUUACAAAUUCAUUUGUUUUAGUAAUUCUCGUGAUUGAGAGUGAGAAAUAAAGAAAAUUACAUCAAAAUGUCUUCAGGAGUUACAAAACGACAAGUGCUAUCAAUGUACAAACUUCUCAUGAGAGAAGCUGAGAAGUUUCCAAACUAUAACUUCAGAUCCUAUGCUUUGAGGAGAAUAAGAGAUGGCUUCAAAGAAAAUAAGGCUGUUACAGAUUUGAAACAGAUAAACCAACAAUUUGAGUUUGCUACCGAAAACCUUAGUGUUAUCAAAAGACAGGUCAUCGUCGGAGACUUAUACAGAACAGAUAAGCUGGUCAUUGAGAAUAUUCAGUAACAAAUACAUAUUAGUAUUUAACAAAUUAAUUAUAAAAUACAUAUAAAUAUAUCACCCGUGUAUGUGCUGAGAGGUACUUGUAAAAUUCACCUUUCUUAGGUCCCGAGGUACUAGGACAGCUGAAUAAUUUUGUGCCUAAAUUAUUAAAAAGAUAUUAACUGUUCAGUGUCCACCUGACUGUCUCAGUCUGAACUUUUCAGUCGCCCUAGUAUCGUCUUGAGCUAGUUAAUGUUUACAUGUCAAGCAGCUCAUGUAGUGUAGAGAUUGUCCAGUCAACUGAUGAUAGUGAGCUCGACUGUCCGAGGUGCUUCAUACAUUUAUAAAUAUAUCUAUCAGAGGCUCUCUGCAUAAAAAAUAAUAACUGUAAACCGUUUUAACAAGAUCGAUGAGAAAUUUUUGUAGACAAAUUAUAAGAGUAGAACUAUAUCUCUAUGUGGGAUGAUGAAAGGGUAUAAAAACUAUUUGGUCCGACAGUUAACUAAAGGUAAAAUAUUAGACACGUUCUUUUUAAUUUUGUCAAAAAAUACUUAGACAAAACUUUUAAGAAGGAGCUAGCUACGUC